CAAAACCCGAUACCUACAAAAACCUUUCAACAUUUUGAAAAGAAUUUGAAAGUGUUGGAGGAGAGUUUAAAUAAAAGCUCUCAAAUCAAGGAUCAGAUUGUAUCUAUUCUAGAUCGAUUUGAAAAUCGAUUUUCAAAAUUGGAGCAGGAAAUGACGAGCAUGAAUGAUAGAAUUGAUGUUUUAAAGAUGGCUCAUGAUAAUAUUGAUUCUACAAUUAAAAGUGUGGAUCUUACUCUGGAAAAGUAUAAUAGACCACAAAUGUUCGAAAAGAGGAUUGAAAAAGGAAUUGCUAAUGAUUUGGAAGGCUUUCUCGGAGUUGUCAAACAAAAUGAUGAAACUAUUACCUUCUUCUCAAAACAUAGUAAUUAUAAAGGUGCUGAUAAAUUAAAAGACAAAUGUCUUUCGUUGAGACAAAAAUCAGUUCAAAUAUUGGAAGCCGAAUUUUCUAACAUUCUUCAAACUGUUAGUGCCAAAGCACCAGCUAAUGACCCUUUCAGAUAUAGAAAGGAAGAUUUGGAAAGGGAUGAUUUUGAUUUAACUUAUGAUUUAAUUCCUUCGGAGAAGAUUGAUCAAUUAUCUACAAUUGCUCAAAAAUUGGAAUUUUACAGUAAAAUUGAUUAUAGAAGAACAUACAUUCAAUACAGAUCCAAGUGCAUUACAACAGCUCUUAAUGUACUUAUACCAGAAAAGAAGGAUAAAGCAUUGCAAGUUCCAACAAAUUUGAAUGCUAUCAAACAAUUGAAAAAGAAGGAUGAUGAUAUGAUUCUUAGUCAGAAAUACUACAAGAAGGGUUCUCAUCCAUUCAUAUUUUACAUGAACUUUUACUUGAAACUGUUGGAAUCUGAAAGAAAGAUUGCACUGAAAGUUGUCAGUGUUGACUACCAAAAGAAUCAAAUUUAUGGUGACGUUGUUUCUCCAAGUUUAAAGAUAUUCAAAGAACAAGCAGAAGAUUUGGCAGAUAAGAAUAGAACUAGUGAAAAGGUGUUUGUCAUGCUAGAUAUUUUGGAAAACUUUGAGAAUAAGCUUUUGAAAAAUUUCGAAGAAGUUUUGGCUCACACUCAACAUUUGCAAGCAUUCAAGACCUUAUCUGAAACAUUCAAGAAUAAUAUUAAUGAUUUACUGACAGAUUUUCAUAAGAAUAUUCAUACCAAUCAAAUCAAAGCAUUUGAGGAUGGUGUUGUCCAUCAAGCUACAAGUAAUGCAUUCUCCUUCAUGAAGAGACUACUUGAAUACCCAUCCAUUGAGAAUAUCCUCAAACAGAAGAGAUUCGACACUGAUAGAAUGUUUGGUUAUAGUGACAUUAAGACCUACUUUGCCAAAUAUUUAUUACAAUUGAUAGAGGCUGUUGAGCAUAAUAUUGAUGAAAAGAAAAAGCAAUACAGCACAAAACAAAAGAGUCUUGCUUCUCUUUUCGUGCUGAACAAUCACUAUUAUAUUUUCAAGAAUUUACAAGAUGCCAAAAUCAAGAAGCAUGUUCCUGAAGCCAAACAAAGAGAAUACAAGAAGUUAAAGGAAGAUGAUACCAACUCAUACAUAAGAGCUACCUGGGAUGAUGUUCUUUCACAUUUCAGAGACCAAGAAAAGUUAAAACCUGAUAAGAAUGGAAAGUAUCCAAAGAAAGAGAUUAAGAAGAGAUUUUCCAAAUUCAACGAACUAUUCCAAGCUAUUUACAUGAUUCAGAGAACAUACUGCAUCAGGGAUAUAGAACUAAAGGAAGAGCUCAGAGACAAAACUCGUGAAGAAGUUAUACCUGUAUAUACACAAUUUGUUGAAAAGUACAAAAAUACCGAAUUCAGUAAGAAUGUUACAAAGUACGUUUCAUAUGAUUCCAAAACUCUUGGUUCAAUGAUAGAUCAAUUCUUUGAUGAAGAACGAAACUUGGAUGAAGAAGAAGAAAUGACAAAUUUCGACGAUUAAGCUGUAUAGAACAAUGUAAAUAAUAAUUCUGGUGUCCACUGGAUGAAAGAGUAUUUAUUAAAUUAAUUCCUCUAGACAUU